UUUUCUUUAAUGCCCCAUAUGCCAACCCUAAAAACUUUAGUAAUGGUUGGUAUGGUGUAUGGAUAUUGGAUCAAAGGUUAAAAACUAACUAGUGCUAGCUAUAUAGCUACUCCAUACUCUCAUAAAAAACCUAGAAAGAAAUUACUAACAUAAAAAGAAAGAGGUUGUAGGGUAUUGACAACACACAAAAACUACAAAGUUAAAGGGGUGAUGGAGAAAGGAAGUGUGGUUGAAGCUGCAGCACCAAGAUCUCCCAUGCAGAUGAAGAUGGGGGAUGAAUUAGAAGGCAACACCAGUGCCCUACGCACUGCUGAGACGUUUCUGCGUUUAGUUCCUGUUGGUCUAUGUGUUUCAGCACUUGUUCUCAUGCUUAAGAACUCUCAGCAGAAUGAAUAUGGAUCUGUUGAUUACAGCGAUCUUGGAGCUUUCAGGUAUUUGGUGCAUGCCAAUGGCAUUUGUGCAGGCUACUCUCUAUUUUCAGCGGUGAUCGCUGCUAUGCCACGCCCUUCCACUAUGACUCGUGCUUGGACUUUCUUUUUGCUUGAUCAGGUGCUGACAUACAUAAUUCUAGCGGCUGGAGCAGUGUCAACGGAGGUGCUGUACCUGGCUGAGAAAGGAGACGCUGCAACAACGUGGAGCUCAGCUUGUGGCUCUUUUGGUCGAUUUUGCCAUAAGGUCACAGCAUCAGUAGCUAUCACAUUUGUGGCAGUGUUUUGCUAUGUCUUGCUUUCCCUCAUUUCCUCAUACAAGCUCUUCACCAACUAUGAUGCACCAGCAAGCAGGCCCACUGCAGCCAUUGAGGUUGCUGCUUUCCCUGGCUAGCUAGCUAGCUAGCUGACUCAUAUAUAUAAAUAACAACUUCAUGCUUCAUAUCUAUGUGUUUCCUACAAUUAAUAUAUUAAUGUAAUAGCAUACUGUUGUGGACCUUAAUUAGGACUUAGGACAGACAUGCAUUGCCAUUGAUUAAGUAUGAGUUUAUAAUUUAUUAGUUAUAAUAACUCCUGACCUCCUUCUUUGUAUUAUAACACUGGUGUUCAUGCAUGGAUCAAUUCAUGGAAGGCUUUAGCUUUUUCUACUAGUGCUUGUUACUUUAUAUAAACUUUGCCAUCACCUUCCUUUUUCCUUUUAUUAGAGACAGGAAAUUAGUUGUUACAGUUGGCUAUGUAAUAGCCCCUUUAUUCUCAUUGUAAAUUCAACUUCUACCACUCUAAUAUACUUUUACUGUGAUCAA